AUGAUCAAGAAACUGGGGUAUCAGAAAGCCCCCGUCCACCUGUUGGCUCUGGGACCAAACUGCCUCCGAUGUCAUGUAUGCCAGAAUAAGCGGCAGCGAAUCACGCGGCGGCGCCUAGAUGGGGGCGGGACUUCCUGUCUCAGGGCUUGCGCGUGCGUGUGUGCUAGUCCCGCCCCGGAACUGCGGUCGGCGCUGCAGCUGAGAGACCGCGGUGGAGGAGUGUGCGGCCGUUGGCCGGCGUGUGACGGAGCCGCGACGGCGUCUCCACGCGCAAUCAUGAAGUUGAAGGAGACAAAAACAAAGCCAAAGCCAUCAAGCUAUGGCAAAUUUCAGACAAAAGGAAUCAAAGUUGUGGGAAAGUGGAAGCAGGUGGAGAUUGACCCAAAUAUAUUUGCAGAUGGGCAGAUGGAUGACUUGGUUUGCUUUGAGGAACUGACAGAUUACCAGUUGGUCUCCCCUGCCAAGAAUUCCUCCAGUCUCUUUUCAAAAGAGGAGCCCAAGAAGAGAAAGGCACAAGCUGUUUCAGGAAAGGAAGAAGGAGAGUCCAGCUCAUCAAAGAAAAAGAUGAAGUUCAAGAAGAACAAAGACAUGGAAACUGAAGGAAUCAGUGCCCAGAAAGAGUUUGAAGUCAAAGAUACUGAGCCAGAGCCCCAGGAAGAUGGCACAGUUUGUCCUGAUCCACAGGUAGAGGAGAUGGUAUCAGAAAGCUCAGCUCAGACUGUUCCAAAAAAGAAAAAAAAGAAAGGGAAAAAAAAAUUGGAGCCUUCCCAGGGUACUACUCCAAAGGUGCCCAAAAAAGCAAAGACAUGGAUGCCUGAAAUGCAGGACCAGAAGGCAGAUGUAACGGCUUGGAAAGAUCUGUUUGUACCCAAGCCAGUUCUCCGAGCACUCAGCUUUCUAGGCUUCUCUGCACCCACACCAAUCCAAGCUCUGACCUUGGCACCUGCCAUCCGUGACAAACUGGACAUCCUUGGGGCUGCUGAGACAGGUAAGGGCAUCCUUAGCUGGCCAGGGUAAGAUUGCUUUUGGGUU